GCCGUAUCCUGGUAACCUCACCUCUGAGUCGCUCUGGUCGACAACUGCUCCAUCCAACACAAUGUAGUCUCCAUCUAUCGACGUAAGCACUUAUGCCAUAGCAGCAAUCAACUUCAUACAGCAGCAAUACAUAUUCAUCUCUCGCAUCCACGCCUCACAAGAAACUGUAGUCCAUCACCAGUACCGUAACAGCAAUAUCCGCGACCAUGACCCAAAUCAAAGACUCCCCCGAAGUCAAAGCCAUCAAAUCCCUCAUCCAAGCCUUCUUCGACGCGAUCAAUGCCGCCGACAUCGAGGGUCUCGGCACCUACUUCGCUCACGAGGCAAACCUAACCAUCAUCCGACAAGAACCUCCUCGAUCACCCUCCUCCGAAUCGACAUCUUCUUACCCUCAAUUCGCCAAUAUCCCCUCCCCACCUCCAACAGCCUACCAACAACAAACGUCUCAAGAGAAAGAGAAAGAAUCUCUCAAAGUCGUGAUCCGCACCGAUAUAGCCCACUUCCUCGCCCUCCUCGAAGAAGGCCGCAAAAGACGCGAAGGACAACCGGAUCUGCACAUUUUCGAGAAACCAGAUCUAGAACGUACGGAAGUAAAAGUUGAUGCUCUGUUCGCUAUGGCUUGGUGUCCGUUUAGUGUGACGUUUGCGGAGAAGUUGCAUCAUUAUGGAACGUUGGUUUUUACGGUUGGGAAAGAGGCAGAAGAAGCACAGUGGAAGAUUGAGGGUUUGACGCAGAAUUAUAGGAGGAGUGUGGGGUGGGAGGGGGAGAAAGAGUUCAUGUAGAUCGUAAGAGAUCGGAUACGAUCGGCGAAAGGUCGUGGAGAUGUCUGCAAAGAAGAGGAGUUAAAACGCUUGCGUUGCUCAAACUACGUAGUGCGGUAGGACAGUCGGUCUCAUCCUGCGAGAUUCGCAGACCGCAUGAAUCAACUCUCAAAAGUCCUUCCAACCA